AUGGCUGCUCGUGCUUUCCUCACUGCUGCCCUCCUGGGCACUGCUGCUCUUGCCGUUCCUAUCGAGGAGAGGCAAUCUUGCGGAGCCGUUUGGGCACAAUGCGGUGGCCAAGGUUUCACCGGCCCUACGUGCUGUGCUUCUGGAAGCACCUGCGUCGUCAACAAUGCCUACUACAGCCAGUGUUUGCCCGGCAGCGCCUCGGCCUCCAGCUCUGCUGCCGCUUCAUCGACUGUCCGCUCCAGCUCUUCAGCGGUCGUCAGCCCUUCCCGAACCUCGACAACCGCCGGGGCCGGCACCACUACUACGCGGGCCGGAACUGCCACCACUAGCGCUCCCGCGGUCACCGGCGGUGCGACCUACACGGGCAACCCCUUUGCCGGCGUCAACCUCUGGGCCAACUCAUACUAUGCCUCUGAGAUUACGACCUUGGCCAUCCCGUCCCUGAGCCCUGCUCUGCAGACGGCGGCUGCUGCCGUUGCCAAGGUCCCGACCUUCAUGUGGAUGGACACUCGCGCCAAGAUUCCCUUGGUUGACUCCACUCUGGCCGAUAUUCGCAAGGCCAACGCCGCUGGCGGCAACUACGCCGGCCAGUUUGUCGUCUACGAUCUUCCCGACCGCGACUGCGCUGCUGCUGCCUCCAACGGCGAGUACGCCAUCGCUGACGGUGGUGUUGCCAAGUAUAAGGAGUACAUUGACGCUAUCCGCACUAUGAUCCUCAAGUACUCUGACAUUCGCAUCCUCCUGGUCAUCGAGCCCGAUUCCCUGGCCAACUUGGUCACCAACCUCAACGUUGCCAAGUGCUCCGGUGCCCAGGCCGCCUACCUCGAGUGCACCAACUAUGCUGUCACUCAGCUCAACCUGCCCAAUGUCGCCAUGUACCUUGACGGCGGCCACGCGGGCUGGCUAGGAUGGGCUGCAAACUUGGGACCCGCCGCGAACAUGUACGCCAAGGUCUACAAAGAUGCCGGCAGCCCCAAGGCUCUCCGUGGAAUCGUGACCAACGUGGCCAACUACAACGCAUGGAGCGUUAGCUCCCCGCCUUCCUACACCUCAGGCAACUCCAACUACGAUGAGAAGCACUACGUCGAGGCUCUCCAGCCCCUCCUCGCUGCUCAGGGAUGGGACGCUCACUUCAUCGUUGACCAAGGCCGCUCUGGUAAGCAGCCCACUGGCCAGUUGGCUUGGGGUGACUGGUGCAAUGCCAUCGGCACCGGCUUUGGCCUUCGUCCCUCCACCAACACAGGCUCGUCACUUGUUGAUUCCUUUGUCUGGGUGAAGCCUGGUGGCGAGAGUGACGGCACUUCACUCACUACCGCCGCUCGUUACGACUACAACUGCGGCAAGGAGGACGCUCUGAAGCCCGCUCCCGAGGCUGGAACAUGGUUCCAGGCUUACUUCGAGCAGCUCCUCGUAAACGCCAACCCAGCCUUCUAA